AUGCCUUUCCUUGCGAUUGUUAUCCCGACCAUCCCUGCUGAGCACAAGGCAGAUGUCCUUGCGGACUGGCCCUCCCGGAAGGCCGAGCUGAAGGCUCAGCCAGGCGUGCUCGAUGUGUUGGCUGGGCCAAUUCUGAUUGAGGACGGCGUGCCUCCGACUGAUUUCAAGUUUUUCCAGGGCAUUGUCUUCAAGUCCGCUGAGGACGCUGAUGCGUUUGAGAAUUCGUCGUGGGCCAAGGAGCGGAAGGCGAAAUUCCAGGCUCGUGGGGGUCCAGAGCCGUUCGUAGCUCGAUUUGAGGUCUCGGAACCCCCGGCUGGUGGUUCUCCGAAGCCUGUCACUCAGUUCUCAGUCCUUGAGAUCGCCGACACGAGCAAGCACGCGCAGGCCAGGGAUGCUUUUGAGAACCUUGCCAAGGCUGCAGGAAUCGAGGCGGCAGGUGGUGUCAGCGCCGGUGAUGGACAGAAGGCUGGUCUAGGUGUGACUGGAUGGAACACUCUCGAGGAGGCGAAAGCGGCUCGUGAUGAUCCCAAGUUUGCGGCAGCUAUUGCGGCGCUUGAGAGCCUCGGAAAGACUCAUAACAUCUUUGUUCAGAUCCAGUGA